UUUAUUUGUACCAAGAUCCGGAUCGUUGGACUGACUUGCUCAUUUGGCAGUUUAGUGGCUGUACAUAUUCACAGCCAUAUCAAUGAUAGUUUGAUUUUGGUAUCUUUUCGACUACAAGUACUAGACAUGUUUGACUAGACAAAUAUUAAAAAAGAACGUAAAUAAUGUUUUACAAGAACGAAUUCAGUCAUCAUUUAGACAAUCUAACGACUAUUGUCCAUUUUCAAAAUUGUACCAUGCUAAUUUUAACGAGCUAGUACUGGUGUAGUAGUAUAAGAAUUGAAUCAUUUACUCGUUUAUUUGGCACUUCCGAAAUUAAAUAACAGUAUCAAAAUGUUGGAAACAAACGAGCCGUCUAAGGAAGAUUUUUUGCAAAAGACCAAAAACGCUCGCGAGGAGCGUGCUAAUGAAAAAAACAAAGAAUUAGCUGCUAUAAAAAUACAGAAAUGCGUCCGAUGUUGGCUGGAACGAAAAAGAGAUAUUACAGAUAUGUUUAAAAAAUUUGACAACUUGUUUAUAAGCUCAGAAGAUAGUAGUAAGAUCAAGCUCAAACCAGCAGCUGAAGUCUAUGAUAUCCUUGACAAGUUUUUACAAAUUUACAAAAAAAAGCGAGAUAAGGAAAAAUUGGACAACGUGUGCAAAUAUCUACUUCAUAGUUUAGAGUCGGAUUCCAUUAAACUUUCUUAUAUUGGAGUUGCACUUAUAAAGGAUCGCUACCUUCUGUGGAUAGCUCAAGUCAAAAAAAUUCUUUAUUAUUGUUUAAUAGAGCUUGAAGAUUUACAACCAGAGCGCUUUACUGAUUAUAAGUGCAUUCUUUUAAGAUUGAAUACCAUUGUAAGUUUUACAUCUACACAGUCAUGGGCAAUCAUGAGGGUGCAAGAAUUGAGCAAACUAAAAGCAGGUAUGAACCAACUUUGCUCCAAUAUUACAGGUCACUUGGUAAAGAACAACUUUUAUCCUAUCAUGCAAACAUUAUUGAUCAAAGGAUUAUGCAGAAAAAAUAUAAGUUUGCAGCCAGUAGCUCUGACAGCAAUCAUCACACUAACAAUAAGACCUUUAAUUUUUUCAAAUGUAGGAGAUGAUUUAUUGUUGAAAUUUGUAAUGUUUAUUUUUAGUGUACCUUCGCUGGUGUAUCAUCUUAAUCAUAAAGAUCAAUCAGCUUGUAUUUCUUUGAUAAAACAAAACAAUAUUUUUUCUCAAAGUAUACAUUUAUUAAAGUCAAAUAAAAAUGUGCGGGAGAUACAUAGCACACUAAGCAGCAAUCAUUAUUUAUGUUUAAUGGCCAACCUAAUGGAGCUAGCUUAUAUGGAGGAAGAGAGCUUAAUCGAAGAAGUUGCUUCUGAUUUUACUCAUGUCAUUUCUAACAUGUUAACAAUGUGCCAGAAAUAUGUUGUAACCAAAACAAGUCACACCACCUAUUGGCAUCCAAUAUUGGGAUGGUUUGAGCAAGCCGAAGAGCCAUACAUGCAAGAUACUAUUCCAUUGAUCAAAGUUCAGCUAUCUAGACUAUGGACUGGAAAAAUAGUUACAAAACUUCUAAGCUUGCCUAUCAGUGAAAUUAUAAGUAAAUCAGUUAAAAUGCUGCAGGACCCACAAAAUUCAAAUGGUAAAAGACCAAUAUUCUCAAAGGCAGCUUUAGGAAUCAGUUCAAAAAAAGGCAACAUUGGAAAAAACUUUAAUGAAUUUGGAAGUUCAGAGUCAAAUAAAAUAGCUCAAGCUUGCUCCUUAUAUUAUACAGCUCUGUGUACAUUGAAAGAAAUGAAAUCCACAAUUUUAACAGGACUUUGCUAUCAAGAAGACAAUAUUUUAUAUAACUUAUGGUUAUUUUUCAGAACUUUAGGACCAGACUGUGGCCUUUCUGCAUUUUUGAAUUUAUUCCCAGGUAAUCCACAAGGCACAGCUGUUGAGUUUGAGAUGCUCAUACUGUUUUGUGAUUGUAUGACACAUUACGUAAUAAUUUUGGAUGAUAUAGAAAUGUACGAGAAACAGCAUCCAUUCAAAUUGAGCGACUUUUUACUUAUAUCACAGUUUUUAAAUCAAUUCCUCUACAAGUCAAUAUUCUACGGAUUGAUCGACGAUGUCACCGUAUCUUGGAGUUCAGUUUUCACGUCAGUACGUAAUUUAUUAAUGACAAUAUAUCGACGUGACUGCCAAAAGGCUUUUUGCCCUGAAGAUCAUUGGCUGAUAAAAGAUGUACGAGUUUCGAACUUCCUCACAGAUCUGAAGAAGGGCAAGCGCAAAGCCACUGUGAUAUUAUCGAUAAUGCCACAUAUUUUGCCGCACAACGAGCGGGUUCGACUGUUUCGUAAUUACGUGACGGACGAGAAAGAAUCGAUGGGCCUGUCGAGCAGCAGCAGCUCGAGAAAUAGUCUGCCAGCGACCCUCAUCACUGUGCACAGGUCGAAAAUCGUCGAAGACGGCUACAGGCAAUUAUCCGUACUGAGUCCCCGCUCCUUGAAGGGAGUCAUCAGAGUAAGAUUCGUUAACGAGCAGGGACUCGACGAAGCUGGAAUAGAUCAGGACGGCGUGUUCAAGGAAUUCCUCGAAGAAAUUAUCAAACGCGUGUUCGACCCGAACUUCAACCUGUUCAAAGUAACGGACGACAAUCGACUGUACCCGUCGUCCUCGUCACAUCUGCAAGAUAAUCAUCUGUUGCUGUUCGAAUUCAUCGGUCGGAUGCUUGGCAAAGCCGUUUACGAAGGUAUUGUCGUCGACGUGCCUUUUGCCUCGUUCUUCGUCUCGCAGUUUUGCGGCCAGUCCGCAAGUCUGCUGCACAGUUGGUUCGACGAGCUGGCGUCACUCGACAAGGACCUUUACAAGAGCUUGACCCUCGUCAAGCACUACGACGGUGAUGUGGCCGAGUUGGGACUGACAUUUUCCUUGGACGAGAGCGUAAUGGGCGAUAUCCAGACCUUCGAACUGAAAUCGGGCGGCAAAGCCGUGCCGGUCACCAACGAGAACAAGAUUAACUACAUACACCUUAUGGCACACUUCCGCAUGUACGAACAGAUAAAGCACCAGAUAACGGCCUUUACCAAGGGAUUCCGAUCGAUUAUCAAACAAGAAUGGCUUACCAUUUUUUCGACCCCGGAAUGGCAGCGACUCAUAUCCGGCGACAACAUUCCUGUCGAUCUUUCGGAUCUGCGCAAGUACACGCAAUACUACGGCGGCUUUCACGACAAGCACCGAGUCGUACGCUGGCUCUGGGAAAUUCUCGAGAAGGACUUCACCGAACGCGAGCGAGGACUAUUUUUGAAAUUCGUCACGAGCUGCUCGAAGCCACCGUUGCUCGGUUUCGCUUAUUUGGAUCCACCCUUUUCCAUCAGAUGCAUCGAAGUCAGCGACGACGAAGACACUGGCGAUACGAUCGGUAGCGUCAUACGUGGUUUUUUUACAAUAAGAAAAAAAGACCCCCAAAACCGUCUGCCAACUUCGUCGACCUGCUUCAAUUUGCUCAAAUUGCCAAAUUAUCGUAAAAAGUGCACUCUGCGAGACAAGCUGCGCUACGCCGUUACCAGCAGCACUGGAUUUGAGCUCUCGUAAAUUGCGCCCAAUCCAUUAUUUUUGUAUAUUAUUUGAAUUUGUAUAUUGUAAAUAGAAACAAGAAAGGAAUGCUUUAAUGUUAUGUAGUUGUGACGUUUAUUAUGUAUAUUUACACUAUUAUUACUUUUUAAUACUAUCGUAUUAUAAAUAUUAUUAUUACAAUUGUAUUUUAAUUCUGAUUCAUUAUCAAGAAUAAUAGAAACUUAUCAAACAUAAGUAAA